AUCCGAAGCUUCCCAUCCGACAGGAAACGUCGCCAUUUCGCCUUUUGCGACCGGGCGUCUCCGCGAGAGAAAUCGCCCCCAAUCUUUUCUCUCCCUUCGGAUCCGUGGGUCAGCUGGACCGCCGCCCGGUUUCUCAGCCCCAGCUCACCGUAGAUUCGUCCGCCGCUAUUAAUCCCGUGGGCGAUCAGCUGAGGUUAUUCAGGUGUCAACUAAAAUGCAGUCAUACACAGAAGAUGCUCCCCUCAUUCAUAGCUCCCCUAGAACUUCAAAAAAAAGUAGGAAAAGGUCAUUUGAUGUUUCUGAUCGUGAUGCAAAGGAUGAUGGCAAGCAAUCUACUGAAAAUAUUUCAAAUCAUUUGGUGCUUUAUGACCCUGGUACAAGCGAUACAGGUCAUGAUUCUCUUGCACUUACUGAUGUCAUGGAGAAUCAUACUCCAACCUUCAGAAACUUCUUGGCAUCAAAUUAUUCUGGCCGUACUUUUCCAUCUAUUGGAACAUUCACCGUCCAGUGUGCUUCAUGCUUCAAAUGGAGGAUCAUUCCAACAAAAGAGAAAUAUGAACAAAUACGUGAAAACAUCUUGGAAGAUCCUUUUGUAUGUGAACAUGCUCGUGAGUGGCGUCCUGAUAUUUUAUGUGAAGACCCCGAAGACAUCUCUCAGGAUGGCAGUAGACUCUGGGCAAUUGAUAAACCAAACAUUGCUCAACCACCUCCUGGGUGGGAAAGAUUGCUUAGAAUCAGAGCUGAAGGAGGCACAAAAUUUGCAGAUGUGUAUUAUACUGCUCCAUCUGGGAAAAGAUUGCGGUCGAUGGUUGAGAUUCAAAGGUAUUUGCUCGAACACCCAGAGUAUGCCAGACAGGGGGUAACUCUUUCUAAGUUUUCAUUUCAGUCUCCUAGGUCUCUGCAAGAGAACUAUGUCAGGAAACGCCCUCCACGUGUGACAAACCCUUGUGAUGGUGAUAUGAUACUGCCAAGGACUCUUGAACCUGAAGAAGUGAAUCCCCUAUCUUGGGCAGCUCCUCUUAAAGAGGUUUUAAUUGGUGGACAAGCCUCAUCAAGUCCUUCUGAGAAAGAUCCAGUGUAUUCUCCUCAAAAGGAACCAACACCGGCUGGCGCUAUGUCUUCAUCAGAACAAGUGUGUGGAGGUUCCGCCUGUGAUCAGCCAAAGAUGAAGCUAGAAGAUGCUGAUCAUUCAAGAAAUGCAUCUUCUUUUGAGUUGUGAUACUUCGUUCUAAUUGUUAUUCUGAUUUCUUUCUCGGUUCAAUGUUAAGGGGAAUGAAGAAGCACAUUACAUGACAAUACACAGAUGCAGCACAAGGUUUUGGGAACAAAUACCAACAUCAACAUGUAUUAUGAUAUAUGAACAUAUUAAGAUUAGAUCACAUGACAGUCUUGAACAAUUAUCCUGGUGAUGAGUGAUGUUUCCCAGAAAAAAGAUGUUAAAUUUGUAACCUUAUAUGGGUUGUGGAUGUUUCUUCAUGAUCUUUGUAAGUUUUAGCAGACAAAGAGGUUUUUGUAUCAUGAAUUUUAAUAUAGCUAUUUACAAAAUGUGAAAUUAGUAUA